UUGUCCUGGCACUGGGGUAUUUCUUCAGGUUCUGCACUUCUUUCUGGAGUUACCUGCCUUUGCUGAUCUAGAUUCCUUUAAAAUGCUUCUUUUUUGAGUCUGGGAUUUUGCAUGAUAACUGCCUCAAUUUUCUCUUCUGGGAGUCACAGCUGUGUCCAAGAUCCUCUGAGUGCAACAAGGAGCAUGGAGGGGGUACGAGCAAGACUGGUGCACCUUUCUGCACCUUGGUUGAGACUCUGUGUCUACUGUGAAGACUUUGUGCUCCCUAAGGUACACAGGACCAUGCUAGAUCUAUGGUCAAUUUACUCAAAGCCCGUCCCAGCAAAUACCAGAGAGUUGUGGGCUUUAUUUCUACAGUGUUUCUGCAUUACAGUGGUGGUAGGAGGCCUCUUUUACAACUGGAUGUUUGCUUCCCUGGAGUAUUCACAAUAUCUCUCUACUGCGAUUGCCAUUUCCUUCAGUCUGCUCCUUCUACUGACCCUUUUCUUGGUGCACCCUGCCCGUUGUGCCUUCAGCAUCAUCAUGCCUACUUUAGGUACAAAACAAGGUCGGAAGCUUCUCUUGUCUACCUGCAUCAUGAUUGUGGCAGUUAAUGUAACACCAAACACUAUAAGUAACAUUAAAGUCAUACUGCAGGUUAUUGAAUGCAUCUGCAAAAAUUCCUCGGAGAGCCUUUUGAACUCAACAGCUCUCCUAGGAGAGGCAUCGUGGGAGCUUGGAGAUGUAAUCCAAACAGCUGAUAUUAGUGCUUUGCGGCCUAGGAAUGGACACUUUAAAUUUGCACUACUUACUAACAGCACCUUGAUUAACCAGCAAAUGCAUCUUGCUGGUGAGAAAAUUAGAAAAAACUUUCUGGCAGUUGAGGGACUGGUAAGAGCCUCAAUACAAGCAGGGAACAGAUUAGUUGCUGGCUUCUCUGUGCUCUAUCUCUGCUUUGAGUCCACCUGGUAUUUGAAAAACUAUCUCACCAACCUUCGCUUUGACAAUUUCUACAUCACCAAGAAACUGGAGCAUUUAUCCAUGGCCAGAAAAGCAACUCAUCUGCUGACAGGUUCAUCCAAAUGUUUCCUUCGGCCAACAGGCCCAAAGCUGUCCCGGGAGGAAGUGAUGCUCUGCCUCACGCAGAUGGUGUUCCUUACCGUGGUCUUGAUGCUCAUGCUGGUCAUCAUAGCAAUGGACCACUUCGCAUUUCGCAUGGCAGACACUGCGGUGAGGAACGUGGCUCAGUUCUCAGUGGUGCCCGUGACUCUCAACAUCAAAUACAACGCAAAAAUAAGGAUCCUACCCUUUCUCCAGAAACUUUUCUGCAAUUUUUGUGCAGAAUCAUCAAUUCAGGACUUCGAAAAAAGCUACCAUCAUAAUCUGCACUUCAGCUCUGCCCAUUGCAGGAUCAACCCACCAAGGCCUCCCAAUGACUCUGUGGUUCUUGUUGUUGGGCUGCUCUACUGCAUCAUCUAUACCACGGUGUUUCUGGAAACCUAUGCCCACCGCUCGUGCAGAAAAAUUGCAGCCUCCUUCUUCGAGAGCCAGGAGGAGAAGCGAGCACACUACCUCUACAACAAGCUGUCCAGGAAGUACGAGGAGGAGAAAAACUGUGAGAAACUAAGAGCACUUUUAGAAAUCCAAGGAUUGUCUGAGGCUUCUGGGCAGUAGCUGGGCUCAGGCUUCUGGGAUGGGAUUAUGUCACUGCCUUCUCCUGACCAGUUUAUAUUCCAGAGGCUAAGUGUUUGGAAGCUGGGAAAAAUAUUUGCUUUAAAAAAAAACAACUAUUGCUUUGAGCUAUU